ACUCCCACUAGUCUUAACACGCACACACCUCCUCCUUCCAGACUUCCCGAACAGACAAGCUUCACGCUCCUUUGGUUCCUCAACCCCACGCCAGUUCGAUACCGCAUCAACUUUUCUCGAGCUUCAUUCUUCAGACGGUAACGACGAGACGAGACGGAGGACGAGACGAGACGACGGUUUCACGACAUUUACCCCUUGAAGUCUCACAAACUCUCUUGCCCGGUGUAAGGACACCUCUCUGAGCAGAUAGCACCGGCAAGAGCUACCCAUAUCGACAGUCGAAAGGUGCAGAGGACGCUGUUGACGACCUUCAACAGCAAAAGAACAAUCAAGCUUCAAAUCUAUCAAAAGGGACGACUGCACAGUCUGUAGAGUUAAGCCAAGAUGGGAGGCUCACUAUCCAAGGCGAUGGGCAAAAUCUUUGGCAACAAAGAGAUGCGGAUCCUCAUGUUGGGAUUGGAUGCCGCAGGAAAGACGACCAUUCUGUACAAGCUCAAGCUGAACCAAAGCGUCACCACGAUUCCGACAGUCGGCUUCAAUGUUGAGACUGUGCAAUACAAGAACGUCAAGUUCAAUGUCUGGGAUGUGGGUGGACAAGACAAGAUCAGGCCUCUCUGGAGACACUACUAUACGGGCACCCAAGGGCUGGUCUUUGUCGUUGAUAGCCAGGACCGCGAUAGGAUCGAUGAGGCGCGACAGGAGCUCCAUCGUAUUAUUGGAGAUCGAGAGAUGAGGGACUGCCUCCUCCUCGUCUUUGCCAACAAGCAGGAUCUUCCCGGCGCCAUGUCGCCAGCCGAAGUGACGGAGAAGCUCGGCUUGCACAGGAUGAGGGACCGCUCAUGGUUCGUCCACCCCAGCUGUGCGACGAGCGGCGAGGGUCUUUUCGAGGGUCUCUCGUGGCUCUCUGCAAAUGUCAAGGCCCAACCACCUCGAGCGGCCUGAUGAAUACACCUUCGCGCUCUCUCAACCUCUCCCACCGUCAAUCUCUCAAAAGGAGCCGCAGCUUGUAGGAUUUCUACAAUCUCGGCAGGAGGGGGAAAGGGACAGAGCAAGGCACUCUUCCCUCCUCUCUCAUCUUCCUUUUGGGUCCUUCCUCUUUUUUCCUUCGAAAGACGCAUCUUCCUGCCACUCCUCGCGCUGUUAUCUUCUUUCAUCUCCGUUGCUGCCCUUUUUCUACUUUCUUCCUUUGGUAGCUGUUUCUCUUCUUCCCUUCUCUCUCUAUCUUUCUCUCUUUCCUCCCAUCGAACAGUGUGCGCGCUGCAGAGCUCUCUAGCGCCCCGUUCACAUUUCCUCUUGUGAAAUCGAAGAUACCACGAUUCCAAGC